GUCUAAUGUGCAUUGUCCUUCAACAUUCAGAGAACAAAAAUGAAGCGCAAGAACGAAGACGUGAGCGGAGAUGCCGAUUCGGGUCGAUCUUCGAACAAGAGGCCAGCCACCGAGGCAAAGCCGGUGCAAGAUCAUUUCCGUAAAGGUCUUUUCGAAGCAGAAAGCAUUUCGAAAUGUGCCCAAAACUACGCAACAUCAGAGCCCUACAAACAUGCUGUCAUCACCGAACUAAUUGAUGAUGACCUGCUCCGAGCAGUGAGAAAUGAGAUCAAGGAAAACAUACACUUCACUCCCAAAGAGACCGAUAUUUACAAGAUCCACCAGUCGGGCGACUUGGCCAACCUCAAUGGCCUGCCUGCAUCCGCAUUGGAGCGAUUGCCAUCACUUUUGAAGCUGAGAGAUGCAAUGUACAGUCUGGACUUCCGAAAAUGGAUCUCUUCCGUUUCUGGAGCCGGUCUGCUGUCAGGAGAAAAGACCGAUAUGGCUGUGAAUGUAUAUGUACCCGGAUGCCAUCUACUUUGCCAUGAUGAUGUAAUCGGAAGCCGAAGAGUCAGCUAUAUCUUGUACCUGAAUGAUCCAGAUAAGCCCUGGCAGGCCGAGUGGGGCGGAGCUUUGAGAUUGUUCUCGACCGAUGAGGUGGCCGACAAGAGUGGCAAGAAAUUUAAGCUGCCUCAAUCCAACUUCAGUAAGACCGUACCACCGGCUUGGAAUCAGCUGUCUUUCUUUGCUGUACAGCCAGGCGAGAGCUUCCAUGAUGUCGAGGAGGUUUAUCGGCGUCAGGUGGGUGAGAGUGAGGAUGACGGAGGCCGUGUACGGAUGGCCAUCAGUGGUUGGUUCCAUAUUCCACAAAAGGGCGAGGACGGGUUUGAGCCGGGGCUUGAGGAAAAGUUAGCCGAGAGCAGCUCACUACAGCAACUUCAGGGCAAGGCUGACGAGUUUGACACUCCUCGAACUCAAUGGCAUGCUAGCAAUGUCCCGAGCGAGGUCGAGGACGCGGAUGAGGGACUGACAGAAGAAGACUGCCAGUUUCUGCUUCAAUUCAUGACUCCGAAUUAUCUAACGCCGGACACGGUGGAAGAGUUGAACGAGCUAUUCAGCGACGAGUCAGUCUUGCAGCUGAGCAACUUCCUUGGUAGCAAGUUCGCGCCUCUGUUGCGAGAAGAUCUCUUGUCAGACGCAGGGUCGAAAUACGACUUUGAAACCUCGCGUCCACCUCACAAACACCAUUACCAGUUCAUACAAGCACCUUGGACAUCGCAAGCGCAAGAAAAUGAUGUACCUUUCAGGCGAGUCUUGGAGGAGUUACUUCCGAGCCAGGCAUUCGCCAAAUGGUUAGCCUUGGUCACGGGCGUCAGGAUCAAAGCAUGGACGGCCAUGGCGAGGAGGUUCAGGAGAGGAGUCGACUAUCAGCUCGCGCAAGAAUACGAAGGCGAGGAGCCUCUACUCGAGUACACACUUUGCGUAACCCCGACUCGAGGCUGGGGCGGCGAGGAAGCGGAGGAUGAUGAUAAGACUGCUGGCGAUGGUGCAAGUAACGGUCAAACGAAACAAACCGAAAUUGCGGAAGAGGACAACGUCGGAGGCUAUGAGCUCUACAUUGCCGGUGAUGAUCCCGACGAUGGCUCCGACAACGGUGUUGUCGUUCCGUCAGGCAGUAAGUCUCAGACUGGUGCAGGUGAUCGACGCUCCACAAAGCAGAAGAAAGCCGACCCUGCUGUGUAUCAAGCGGCUGGCGAUGACGAGGAUGAUGGCAUUCUCUUCAGCAACGCGGCGAACUGGAAUACAUUGAGCAUUGUUCUACGAGACCGAGGAACUUUGAAGUUUGUUAAGUAUGUGUCCAAAGCAGCGCCAGGCGACCGUUAUGACUUCACGGGAAGUUUGGAAGUUGAGUUUGAGGACGACGAUGAUGAAGAAGCCGAUGAAUAAUUGUGUGGUUUUAUAAUAUCAAUAC